AUGUCCGACUUCACUGACGCUGAAGAUCGGCAGCUCGUCCAGUUGGCACUGGCGUUCCUGCGCCACGGACGCCAUAUUCUGUGGGAUCAGCUCAAGAAGCGGAUGAAAGGCACGAAGAAGCCCAAGGAAGCGCUUCGGCAGCGUCUCAAGACGCUGAAGCGCACCUACGGCCCCGACCUCAAGGACUUUCCGGAAUGGUUCUUC